AUGAACUGUUAACUGUCAAGGGACAAAUGUCAAGUACCUGAUUUGCUGCCCGUUCCCGUGCCCAAUACCUUCAUGCAUUGUUGAAUUCUUCGUGGUGAUCAAUGAUAAUAGCAUUAAUUAGAUUAGUAUUUAACAUAUUAGAUUUAAAUUCACAAUAGCAAAGAAAAAUCCAAAAUGACUCUUUAUCAUUUUGGAAACUGUUUGGCGCUGGUGUAUGCGCCAUAUCAUAUGGCUUACAAGUUUUCGGGGAUAUCAGAAUAUGCUUCGUUUUCUAAAUGUGUAUAUGCAGGGGUUUUGUAUAUUUUCACACAAUUGUGUAAAAUGUUGGUGCUCGCCACUUUCUUCCCAGAUUCUGAUAGUCAAAUGAAUGGAGAAUAUGAUGUUUUUCUUGAGCUCCUGAAAGCUACAGUAGACUUUGCAGACUUGUUUGGGAUGUAUUUUGCUCUGAACUCGGUGCCGGGCAAAGCUCAUGCAAAGAUUCUAACAACUGCAAUUGGUUGGGCGAGUGCAGAGGUGGCGGUGAGCCGCAGCGUGUCGCUGUGGGUGGGCGCGCGCGGCGCGGAGUUCGACUGGCGGCACGUGCGCUCGUGCGCGGAGGCCAACGUGGCGCUGCUGCAGCACGCGGCGAGCGCGGCGCUGGUGUGGCUGUGCGCGCGCCGCGACCUGCCGCGCGCGCUGGCGCCGCCCGUGCUGGCGCUGGCCGCGCUCACGCCGUACCGCGCGCUGCUGGAGGACGCGGCGGCGGCGCUGCUGGCGCUGGCCGCGUGGCCGCUGCUGGCGCUGCGCGCGCUGCACGCCGCGGCCCUGGCGCUCGUCACGCUCGCCUUCUACGCCAUAAUGGCGCAACAAUCCUCCGUGUGACUGGAACCAAUACUACUUUUAUUUAUUAUUCUAUGUAUUUAAAUAGAUGUAAUUAUAGAUGAAAUUGCAUUUAAA